AACAUUUCUAGUUCCCAAGGAAUGUACAUCAGCCCCACGGAAGCCAGGCCACCUCUGAGAUGGAACUGCUGGUUUAAAACAAACACCAGGCUUCCUAUAUAAGGACCAGACAGCCACCGGGCACCACCUCUGCCAGGAAUCCCAGGCCCGUCUGUCCCCAACCCAGCGGCAGCCAUGCUCUCCCUGGGGACCAUCUGCAGCCUCCUGCUCCUCAGUGUGCUCUGGGUAGACGUGGCCACAGCAGGCUCCAGCUUCCUGAGCCCCGAACAUCAGAAGAUCCAGCAGAGAAAGGAGUCUAAGAAGCCACCAGCCAAACUGCCCCGAGCUCUAGAAGGCUGGCUCCGCCCGGAAGACGGAAGCCAGGCAGAAGGGGCAGAGGAUGAACUGGAAAUCCGGUUCAACGCCCCCUUCGAUGUUGGAAUCAAGCUCUCAGGGGCUCAGUACCAGCAGCACAGCCAGGCCCUGGGGAAGUUUCUUGAGGACAUCCUGUGGGAAGAGGCCAAAGAGGUCCCCGCUGACAGAUGAUCACCUACAAGACUGGCUCACCUCCCUGUUGUCCUCCCAGGCUUGGAAGCUCUCAUCUGGCUUUUAGAUCGCUUCUGCAACAACUCCCAGUACUGCUGUACUAGCUCAGGAGGAAAAUAAAUGUUCAAACUGUA